AUGAAGACUCUUCUUCCUCUGCUGCUUCUGGGGCUGCUGCUGACUGGGGAGAAAGGACAAGUCCUGGGAGAGGAGACUGUCUCAGCCAAUGAGCUUCAGCAAAUGUCCACUGAGGGGAGUAAGUACAUUGAUGAAGAAAUUCAGAAUGCCCUCAAGGGGAUGAAAGAGAUAAAGAAUCUAAUGGACCAAACAGAUGAAGAGCGUCAGACACUGCUCAACACCUUAGAGAAAGCCAAGAAGCAGAAAGAGGAUGCAGUGAAGAUGACCAGGGAUACCGAAAUGAAGCUAAAGGCGUCCCCAGAAGUGUGCAAUGAUACCAUGACGGCCCUCUGGGAGGAAUGUAAACCCUGCCUGAAACAGACCUGCAUGAAGUUCUACACUCGCAUCUGCAGAAGUGGCUCUCCCGCUGUGGGCCACCAGCUUGAGGAGUUCCUGAACCAGGCCUCUCCUUUUGACAUCUGGAUUGAUGGUGACCGUGUUGACACCCUGCUGGAGAAUGACCAGGAGCAGACCCACAUGCUGGAUGCCAUGGAGGACAGGUUCAGCCAAGUGUCCAGAGUGAUGGACGAACUAUUCCAGAGCAGGUUCUUCAGGCUGGAGCCCCCGAAGCCUUUCUUCCACUCACCCUUCAGCUCUUUCCAUGACAAUUCUUUUCAUAAAACCCACUUCUUCUAUCCCAAGUCCCGUGUGGUCCGGGACAUAGUGCCUUUCUUUGCUCAUGAACCCCUGAACUUCCUGGAUUUGUUCCAGCCCUUCUCUGAACUGAUACAGCGGGCUCAACAGGCCAUGGAUCUCUCCCACCAACCCCUGAUGGGAGAAUUUGAAACAGGAAACAAUGAUACCCGCCUCGUGUGCAGGGAAAUGCGCCGCAACUCCACGGGAUGCCUGAAGAUGAAGAAUCAGUGUGAGAAGUGCAGGGAGAUCUUAUCAGUGGACUGUUCUGCUAGCAACCCUGCUCAGGCCCAGCUGCGACAGGAGCUUAAGACUGCCCUCCAGAUGGCUGAGAAAUUCACCAGGCACUAUGAUGAACUGCUUAAGUCCUACCAGCAGCAGAUGUUCAACACCUCCUCCCUGCUGAGCCAGCUGAAAGAACAGUUUAGCUGGGUGUCUCAGCUGGCCAACCACACUCAAAAUGAACAAACCUAUCUUCAGGUCUUCUCGGUGACUUCCCAACCCACUGUCUUGGAUAGUUCUUCCAAGUCUGGUGACACUGAGGUGGUUGUGAAGCUCUUUGGAUCUGACCCCAUGACUCUGAUGGUCUCAAAAGAUGUUGCUUGGAAUCGGCCUAAAUUUAUGGAGAUCGUGGCAAAGAAAGCCCUGGAGGAAUUCCGCAGAAAGAAUGAUCUCUCAUCACUGGGGACAGCUCCUGAAGCCCACCACUACCAUGAGGCCCUGCUUCACCUCUAUGACCAUCAUCAGGACAAGCCCUGCCCCAGCCCUGAGAUGCUUUCCCAACUACACGCCAAUGAGGAGCUGUGGGACCUGGAUCCCCAAGACAUCCAGAAAGUCGAGAUCAGGAGAAACACCUCCUGGCCCGUUUUUGAGUCAGAGUCCUUGAAGGCACCACUGUCUCCCCAGCAAGAUAUUCUGGAGACCCACAUAGGCAAUAAGCCCUUAAACUGCAGCACCUACAGCAAGGCCUUUGGCCAGCAAUCACAGCUCACGCAGCGCCAGAGGAUCUAUUACUGGGAGUAG